AGUUCACAGUGUGUGGAUAUUACAGUGACAGGAACAGAGGGAGAACAAGCACUCAUUACGUGUCCUUAUGCUAAAGGAUAUGAAAAAGCUUUCAAAGGCUUUUACAAAGGAAAUUACAAAGAUUAUGAUCUUAUACUAAAAUCUAAUGGAGGAGAGAUCUCAGUCCAUGGCAGAUUCUCUCUGCGGGACGAUGGCAAGCUGAGAUCAUUGACAGUGACCAUCAGAAACCUGAGGAUGGAAGAUGCAGGACCGUACAUCUGUCGUGCUGGAUAUGGAUACCUUAAACAAAUCCAUCUGAAUAUUAUCAGAGCUCCACAGAGGCCAAGACCAGUCCAGAUCUAUACUUCCACCAUUCCUCCAGAUCAAACUCAGAGCUCACUUUCAACCACGCUGCCAUGGUUGAGCACAUCAGACUUCAAUCCUCAAUCCAGCAGCUUCACGGUCACAGAUCAUCACAUCUCCUCAUCAGCUCAGAUCAGCUGCUGCCCUUCCUCUCUCAGUUCAUUCAUCAUCAUCAUCACUGCAGUAGCACUGGUUUUGCUCCUGAUGUGUGCUGUUUUGCUUGUUGUGGCUGUAUGGAGAAGGAAGAAAAAGACUUGUGCUCAACGUGAUGAUGGUUUUGUAUUGAACAAAUUUCACAGACCUGCAAACACAGAAACAGUCGACACAGACCUCGACUACAUGAAUGUUGCUGCUGCUGAGAGAAACGCUGUGGAUCCAGAUCAGAUCUACACAGAACUGAACUCCAGCAGACAGAGUGACGUUUAUCAGAGUCUCAGAACUGAUUCUGUUCAAGAGGAGUCCAUCUAUCACAGUAUUGGUCAAACACUGGACUGA